AUGGGAUCCAGCAUCUCAAAGAAAUUGGGUAUGCCGUCCCCCCUGAGCACGGCAAGCGGCUGGAGAGGUUGGCACAAGAUAACUCAGAAUGAAGGGGAGUUUAUGGUCACCUUUCCUUAUGGCUACCAUGCUGGCUUUAACCACGGCUUCAACUGCGCAGAGUCUACAAACUUUGCCACCCUCCGCUGGGUGGAUUACGGCAAAAUGGCUACCCAGUGUACCUGUCGUAAAGACAUGGUGAAGAUCUCCAUGGACGUGUUUGUACGCUGCCUGCAGCCGGACCGCUACGAGCUGUGGAAGCAGGGCAAAGACAUCACGGUGUUGGACCAUCUGAAGGCCACUGGGCUCAGCUGCCCUGAACUAGAGCGCUGGAGGGAGCAGCGUGUCAGCCACAGAGCAAAUCUCCUGCGAAGGGCCAUGCAGAAGAUGAAGCAGCUUCGUCGUCUGAAGCUGGAGGAUGUCAAGGUGCUGGCAGAGGAAGGCAUUGAGCUGAAUGCAGCGGAGUACCAGCUUCAGGUGGAGGAGCGCGAGGCCCAGAGGAGGCUGGACCGAGAGGAGCGGCUAGCCAAAGAGGCCAUGAUGACGCUGGAGGCAAUGGAGCGUGAGGAGCAGGAGGCUGCUGAGGCCGCAGCUAGAGCAGCAGAGAAUGCAGAUAUAGAAGAACAAGAACCCAAGGCCAAACCACAGAUCCUGGCAGAUGACACUGAGAAAAAGAAGCAGAAAAAGCAGAAGAAGUUGACAUAUAUGAACGACCCCAUCACUGGGUUUGAGGAAGCCUUUGCACAGUUUGCCUCCUCCAGCAUCAAGAAGGCAGAAAACCACAUGGUCCGUCGUCCAGAGCUGGAAGUGAGCGCUCCCCAGGCAUGCUACUCCAAGGUGAAGAUGCCAACGGAGGUAAAAAAGAGCAGACGUCACCCCCUCAGCAAGCCCCCCAUGCGCUCCCCUCUGUCCAUCCUCAAACAAGAACCGACCAGCGACAAAGAGCCGUCCUCCCUCACGCAGUUGGACAGCGACAUGAAGAAACAGGAGCACCUGUGGCAGAAUCACUCACCCAACUUCCUGUCAGAGAAGGCUUUCAAUGCAGCAGUGGCAGCGCUGCAGCCACACUGCGCUGUCUGCUCCCUCUUCUGUCCAUACCCCGAGCCACACAAAGACAGUUUUGCAGGCAGUGAAUCCCAGCGCUCCUCCCUGCCCCGUCGGACGCGUCCUCUGGUCCCAGAGAUGUGCUUCAGCGUCGGAGCCAGCAACACGGAGCCUCCACCCACCAACUACCACAUCGGAGAGGAUGGAACCAGUCCUCUGCUCUGCUGUUCGUCUUGCAAAGUGCAGGUUCAUGCAAGUUGUUACGGCGUGAAGACGGACUCAGUCAGGGAGUCCUGGACGUGCACCAGGUGUGCAGCGGGAGCCUGGACCGUGGAGUGUUGUCUCUGUAACCUGCGCGGAGGAGCUCUGAAGUCCACCAUUGACAACCGGUGGGUCCAUGUCAUCUGUGCCAUCGCUGUGCCUGAAGCCCGCUUCGUCAACGCCAAUGACAGGGAGCCGGUGGACGUCAGUGCAGUUCCAGAUAGACGCAAAAAUCUGAAGUGUGUAUUCUGCCAUGGAAAGACGGCCAAUCAGAACCGCGGCGCCUGCAUCCAGUGCUCACAAGAGAACUGCGCCACCUCCUUCCACGUCACAUGCGCACAGAUCGCCGGCGUCGUCAUGACACCAGCCGACUGGCCCUACGUGGUGUCAGUCACUUGCAACAGGCAUAAAAGAUUCCCUCCAAAGCCUCGGACAUCCCUCAAAAGCCAGCAGGGUCUGAACUUAGGACAGAAAGUGAUUGGCCGUAACAGUGACGGCUGGUACUACCAUUGUACACUCAUCGGCAUGGCAACACAGACGUUCUACGAGGUCAACUUUGAUGACGGCUCAUACUGUGACAACCUGCACCCAGAAAACAUAUUGGAUCACGACUGCCUGCAUUCGGGUCCUCCUGAGGUGGGGGAGUUGAUAGUGGUGGGCAAAUCUGACGGUCAGAUUAUCAACGCUUCCUUUAUCAAAGAGCACACCCACAAGUCCUACCAGGUCGAGUUUCAGGACCAGAGUCAGCUGAUACUUAAACCCUCAGAGAUCCAUCUGCUGGAGCAUGAACUCCCGAAGAGGGUCCGAGCCAGACUGGCCAUCCCUGUACCUCAGGUGGGGGUUUCAUCCACAGAUGAAGCCCAGGCAGCCAAACGCCGCUGCCUCCCGUCAGGCCCCGCCCCGUCCACACGCAUGGAGACCACCAAUAAACCCCCCUGCUCCCUAACUACAGCUGCUGUAGCAUCGCGAGGAGCAGAACAUCUCAGUAUUCACACAUCACAAACCUCACAACCUUUACCCCGGUCCGUCAUGACCCUACACGAAGCCCCCUCCCACACCAAUGGUAUUCAGAUGGACGUUGAGACCCCCAUGGACACCAGCGUGGCCCUCACAGACGCUCUCACGGAGUCGACCCUGGCCUCAGACGCCAUGCUGACUCCGCAGCCAAACCCCUUUUCAGUGGACGUUUCCUUCAUGGAGAGCCUCCUCAAUUCACAUUUCCAUCAGGACAGUAGUCCAGGACCCCUGUAUUAAAAACCUCCACUUUGUUAUUACUCGGCCAGUGGAGGCAGAGCCAAUAGGAAUUCGCUAACUGAGGUGGAUUCACUGAGUGCUGGAAUAUGAACUAAAAACAUUUCCUCCACCGGCUCAGAGAGCUCAGGGUGGAGCGAAAAAAGACACAAGCACUCUUUAAUGCAUGCUCCUUUUUUAUUCUUUGAGUUAAUGUAUUGCGGUGGUGCUCUGAGGUAAAAGGUAAAGGAUUAUAAUUUUUUUGACAUAAUUAAUAUAAUUUGUUGUUUUUCUACGCGUUUUCCAUUUCUGGUCAGCUGCUGUGCUUCCCUUCUCCAGUUUAAUAUGAAUAAGUCUCUUAGUGGUAUCAACUCCAUACCUCGGUGCAUUAACUCGAUGACAGCACACUCCCAUUGUCUUUUGUACAGAAAACUAAUUAUUAUAACGGCCUAUAAGCAUUGAGGCCCCUUUUUAGACUUCUCUUCUUCUUCUUUUUUUUUCUUUUUUAAAUCAAACAACCAGCAACAAAUGUUCUAUUUUUCAAUCGGGCCGCUUGUGGCUUUGGAACUGUGAGGUGGAACUAAAGUGUUCAUUUUCCAUCGGAUUGCAAAAGGG